ACUUCACGUCAUUCACACCCAUCCAUUAUUUAGCUUUUCCAUUUAAAUUUUUAUUUUGCUGUCAUCAGCUGCCGAAUCAUAAAUAUAUUGUAAUUUUAUUAUUAAAUAAAGGUGUACUAUGAGUACCGGCGUAGAAAUUGCACCAUUGCGAAGUCUGUCUGACUUUUUAUUAGAGUCAGCAAGAUUUCAGGUUCCAAAUGUUAAAGAUUUGGAUAAAUGGUCUAAUCGUGUCAGCAACAAUUUGCUUUAUUAUCAAACAAAUUACUUCUUUAUGUCUGUAGUUAUUUUUUUGAUAGUCGGAUUGUUUCAUCCAACAAAGAUGAUAUGUGGUAUUCUUGCUGUGGGAGCUGUUUUUGGCCUGUUUUGCUAUGUGACUAAUUCUAAAAGAUCUGCUACCAAAUUUAAACGAGAUCACCCUGUUAUAAGCCUUCUAGUCAUUUUCUCAGGUGGAUAUUUUGUAGUCUACAUGUUGGGAUCAGUUUUGGUUUUUCUCUUUGGUAUCAUGUUACCAGUUGCUAUUAUCUUCAUUCAUGCAUCUUUAAGACUUCGCAAUAUCCGAAAUAAGCUGACAAAUAAGAUUGAGACAAUUGGACUAAAGAAAACUCCUAUGGGAUUAUUUCUUGAAGCUCUUGGCCAAGAAUCUUGUUUGACAUCUUAAAUGUGUCCAACUUCAUUGUAAAUUUUCAAUGGGUGUGAUUUACCAAUUCUCUAAAAUCAAAUGUUAUAAAUAAAACUUGUAAUAUGUAAUGCUUUUCAAUUGUACUCAACUUUCUUUCUUUGUGCACUAGAGAAUUAGAUGAGUUGUAUUUUUAUAGCAUUGCAAAGGCAAGAAUUAAAAAUUAUUCUAAUAUGUAUCUAUGACUUUUUGUUAUCAUGCUGCUUGAUGUUUAACAGGAAUGUUUUGAUCUGAAUUUACUUGUGUUUGCCUGUAGAUUCUAGCUUUUAUCCGCUUUUGUAAAAGAAACCUAAGUGUGGUUUUAAUUAUAAAAAUAUAAAGUAACAAAUUUGCAGCAUUUUGAAAUUUGACUUUCUUUAAAAAAGAGUCUUUCUUAGACACGAAAGCUUUUACUAGUAAAAAUAUGAAUUCAUUUAAUUAAUUUUUAUUUUUUUUAAAGCGUGGCAGAAUUAUUAGAAGCAAAUAUUUAUUUAAACAAAAUUGUUCUGCUGAUUAAGCUGUUCUAAGAAUUGUUGUGAUCUUGUAAGUGAAUAUUCCAUUAUAAAUUAAUUAUUUUUUUUUUACAUUUUUUUUAUUCAUAUGAGUUAAAUUUAUUAAAUAUGAGUUAAAUUUAUUAAGUUUUUCCUAUUUUUGAAAUAGCUGUAAUCUCUCGCAUCUUAUAUCUGACCAUCAAGAGUUCAUGCUUACCCGGGAAGUUUCCAUAUAUAAAUUCUAGCCAUGAUGACAGCUUUCAGCUUAGCAUUUGCUUGCAGCUUAAUGUCUUCAAAAAAAAAAAAAUUUUUUUUUGGUCAGAAAAAAAAAAUAUUAAAAUUUUUUUUAUUAAAGAUAGCAUGAAUUUGAAUAUCUGAUUUUUAAUAGAGUUACUAUAAAUUUAAAAUAAAUAUUGUGUGAAAUAAGAAAUUUUUGAAUUUUUAUUUGUUCUUACCUAGUUUUACCAAAGUAUGAAUUAAUUUUUUAUUGAUAGUUUGAAAAGUUUCCUUACAAAUAUUUUAAAAAUCAAAAAUAUAUCUAAUAUAUAUCCUAUAUUUUUAUAUUUGGAAUCUUUCAUAUGUAUAUAUGUUAAUUUUUUAAUGGAUUAUUUAAAAUCCCUGUUUAAAUGCGAAGGUUCUUGAUAUUUUUAAAAAUUAAGCUUGCAUUUAGCUUUAUUGUUUAGUUUGUAAUAAAAUCUCUAUCA